CUCUCCCUCCCAUUUUCACCAUCACUCUCUCACUUCACCAUAAUUCCCAUUUCCCUCUCAAACCCUAAAUUCUUCCUUUCACAAUCCAAUGGCAAAAUCAAUCUCCCCAAACGCCAUCUCCACCGUACUUUCAAAUCCAUCUCCAGAUUCUUCAUCAGAUCUUCCUGAUAUCGUUGUUCAAAUUCUCGAUCUCAAACAAAACGGCAACAGAUACAUGUGUUUUGUGAGUGAUGGAAAGAUGAAAUUAAGAGCAAUUCUUCCUUCAAGUCAGUUUUCAGAUGUGCUUUCUGGAAAGAUUCAGAACCUCGGUCUCAUUCGUAUUGUUGAUUAUACUCUUAAUGACAUUCCGAACAAGCCUGAUAAGUAUCUAAUUGUUACAAAGUGUGAAGCGGUUUCUCCUGCGCUUGAAAUGGAGAUAAAGAGUGAACCAACUGGUAUCACUUUGAAGCCUAAGGAAGAUGUUGUAGUCAAGACUGAAGGUGUUGCUGGUUUUGUUCUAAAGCCGAAGCAGGAUGUUGUUUCAAAAUCUGCUGCUCAGAUUGUGCGUGAGCAACAUGCUAAUUCUGCUCCUGCGAGACUGGCUAUGACGCGUAGGGUGCGUCCUCUUGUUUCUUUGAAUCCUUAUAUGGGUGGUUGGACAAUCAAGGUCAGUGUUACCAGCAAAGGAACAAUGCGUACCUAUAAGAAUGCUAGAGGAGAAGGUUGUGUAUUCAAUGUUGAAUUGACUGAUGAAGAUGGUACUCAGAUUCAAGCAACUAUGUUUAAUGAUGCUGCUAGGAAGUUUUUUGACAAAUUUGUUAUGGGAAAGGUUUAUUAUAUUUCAAAGGGUACUUUGAAAGUUGCUAACAAACAGUUUAAAACUGUGGCAAAUGAUUAUGAGAUGACACUGAAUGAGAAUUCUGAGGUGGAAGAGGUUCCUGAAGAAGCUGGGUUUGUUCCAGAGACAAAAUUCAGUUUUGUCCCAAUUGAUCAAUUGGGUCCUCAUGUCAAUAAGCCUGAUCUUGUUGAUGUUGUUGGAGUUGUUAAGAGUGUGUCUUCAACGAUGAGCAUCAGAAGGAAGAGCAACAAUGAGAGUGUUGCAAAGCGUGACAUUACUAUUGCUGAUGAAAGCAAAAAGACAGUUAUUGUGUCUUUGUGGGGUGAUCUUGCAACUAACAUAGGACAAGAGUUACUUGACAUUGCUGAUAAAUCCCCAGUAGUUGCAAUCAAAUCCCUCAAAGUUGGGGACUUUCAAGGUGUUUCAUUGUCAGCUAUAAGCAAAAGUUUAGUUCUGAUUGAUCCAGAAGUACCUGAAACUCAGAAGCUCAGAUCCUGGUAUGAUUCUGAAGGCAAGGAUACUGCAAUGGCUGCUUUAAGCUCUGGUUCAAUUCCAUCCAACAGUGGAAACAGAUCUGUGUACUCUGAUCGUGUUACACUUUCUCAUAUAACCUCUAACCCCUCCUUGGGAGCUGAGAAGCCUGCAUUUUUUAGCAUUAGAGGAUACAUAAGUUUCAUAAAGGCAGAUCAGGCAAUGUGGUAUCGUGCCUGUAAGACUUGCAAUAAGAAAGUUACUGAAAGCACUGGCGCUGGUUACUGGUGUGAAAGUUGCCAGAAAAAUGACGAAGAAUGCAAUUUAAGAUAUAUCAUGGUUGUAAAAGUUACUGAUGCAAGUGGCGAGGCUUUUAUAUCAACCUUUAACGAGGAAGCUGAGAAGAUCAUUGGUUGCUCUGCUGAUGAGCUAGACAGCCUUAGAUCACAGGAGGGAGAAGAUAGUCCUUAUCAACUGAAAUUGAAGCAAGCUACAUGGACUCCACACCUCUUGAGGGUUAGUGUUUCUCAGAAUGAGUAUAAUAAUGAGAAGCGGCAAAGGAUAACUGCAAGGGCUGUUGUUCCUGUUGACUAUGCUGUGGAGUCCAGAAAUCUCCUUGAAAACAUAUCAAAGAUGGGAGUCUCUCAAUAAGAUGGAAAUGCUGAUUCAAUGUCUCUAGGUCUUUUGGUUCACUCCUUUUUUCAAGGAGAUGUUGCUGCUUGUAAAUUAUUAAUCCUUGGAUGGUUUAUUAUAUAUUUUGUAUGAUUACAGAAACAUGGAUGGAAAUUUCUUGCUUUUGGUGGCAUCUACCUA